AUACCCUCCCUCGUCAAAACAUUUUACAAGCUGGCAGACACCAUUCGCCGCUCACCAGACCAGACCGUUCUCUUCUCUUCUCAAUUUUCCCUCCGGCCUCCACUAAUCUCUGCAUGCCGUGCCCCAAGGCCCAACAUCUCUUCUCAAUUACAAUUUACAAUCCUGUGCUCGGCUGAGUGCUGAAUGCUGAUGUGAUGCCCUCAAAAGUGCCCACCUGUCUUCCUCCCAAUAUUAGUCUAAAAUUCAUUAAAAGCUAUGUGAAUUCCGGUGAUUUGGGAUGUGCUCUGCAAUUAUUCAAUAAAAUUCCAGUUCCAGAUCUCCGUUCCUGGACUAUCUUGAUUACCACACAUACAAAGCAGGGUUUCCCCAAAGAAGCUUUGAAACUCUAUGCGGAAUUGCGACUUAGGAAAGUUGAGCCUGAUAAGUUGGUCUUGUUGGCUGCUGUCAAGGCAUGCGCUGCCUCUGCACAUCUUGCCAAUGCAAUGCAGAUUCAUGAAGAUGCUAUUAGAUUUGGGUUCUCUUCCGAUCUUCUGUUAGGCAACGCAUUGAUUGAUAUGUAUGGGAAAUGCAACUUCUUUCAAGGUGCACGCAAGGUUUUUGACGAGAUGCCCACUAAGGAUGUCAUUUCUUGGACCUCAAUUUCUGCCUGUUACGUCAAUUGCGGCCUCCCUGGAGAAGCCCUGCAAGUUGUUCGAGCAAUGGGAUCGACUGGAAUGAAACCCAACUCGGUAACCGUUUCAUCUAUUCUUCCCGCCAUUUCUGAUUUGAAAUAUCUUAACUUGGGAAGAGAAAUUCAUGGCUUCGUCCUAAGAAAUGGGAUGUCCCAGAAUGUCUUUGUGACCAGUGGGCUUGUAGAUAUGUAUGCCAACUGUUUCAGCCUCCACCAAGCACAGCUUGUCUUUGAUAAUAUGUCAAAGAGAGACAUCGUGUCCUGGAAUGUGAUUAUAACAGCACAUUUUUCUAAUGGAGGUUGUGAAAAGGCUGUCAAUCUCUUCCAUCGAAUGAGAAGCGAAGGGGUUAAUUUGAAUUCUGCUUCAUGGAAUGCCGUCAUCAGUGGCUGCAUCCAACAUGGGAAAACCGAACAAGCACUAUACCUACUUGCUCAAAUGCAAGAUUCAGGCUUCAAACCCAAUCACGUUACAAUUGCCAGUUUAUUGCCAGCUUGCACCAAUUUAGAAAGCCUAAGAGGAGGCAAACAGAUUCAUGCGUAUAGUUUCAGGCAUCGAUUCAUUGAGGAUAUUAUGAUAGCAACAGCCAUGAUCCUCAUGUACGCCAAAUGCGGAGACUUGGAGCUCUCCCAAAGAGUUUUCAGUGAGUUACCCAGAAGGGAUACCGUUGCUUGGAACACAAUAAUCAUGGCAAACUCGAUGCAUGGGAAUGGCAAGGAGGCCUUGCUGCUCUUCCAGAAAAUGAUAGAUUCGGGAAUUAAACCUAAUUCAGUUACCUUCACUGGUGUUUUGUCUGGUUGUAGCCACUCACAGCUUGUCCAGGAAGCCCACUCAAUUUUUUACUCGAUGAGUGGAAACUACUUGAUUGAACCUGAUGCAGAUCAUUAUUCAUGCAUGGUUGAUGUACUCAGCCGUUCUGGCUACCUAGAAGAAGCAUAUGAAUUUAUCCAAAAAAUGCCAAUAGAACCAACUGCAAGUGCUUGGGGAGCUUUGCUUGGUGCUUGUAGGGUAUAUAAGAAUGUAGAAUUGGGACAAGUUGCAGCAAACAAAUUGUUUGAAAUUGAACCAGAAAAUCCAGGCAACUAUAUACUGUUAUCUAACAUCUUUGUUUCUGCUAAAAUGUGGCUGGAUGCUUCGAAGAUUAGGAAACUGAUGAGAGACAGAGGAGUUACGAAAGCACCAGGUUGCAGUUGGGUUCAGGUGAAAAAUAGAGUCCAUACUUUUGUUGUGGGUGACAAGAGAAAUGAACAAAGCAAUGAGAUCUACCGCUUUCUGGAUGAAUUAAGGGAGAAGAUGAGACUAGCAGGAUAUUUGCCUGACACUGGUUUUGUUCUGCAAGAUGUAGAUCAGGAGGAGAAGGAAGAGCUUCUCUGUAAUCACAGUGAAAGGCUUGCCGUUGCUUUUGGCAUACUAAAUCUCAAUGGGGAAUCAUUGGUGCGGGUUUUCAAGAACUUGAGGAUAUGUGGAGAUUGUCAUAAUGCCAUCAAGUUCAUGUCCAAGAUUAUUGGGGUCCAGAUCACUGUGAGGGACAACUUGAGGUUCCACCAUUUUAGAGAUGGAUUAUGUUCCUGUAGAGAUUUCUGGUAAUCCAUGAAUUUGCUUUGCUCUUGCUUGUGAUGUUCAGGUAAGAUUUGAAGGAUAGGAAGUAGCUAUUCCUCUAGUCCAUGCUCUUCUCAACAAUGUAGUGACGUGCUGAGGUUGGGAUUCCACCAUUUGAUAUGUGCCAUUUACGAGAUGUCAUAUAGUUCAAUGGAAAAAAUGAGUUGAUGCUCCCAAGUCUUAAUCAUCCCAUAUAUCCUUUGGAUGGUGAGGAAGGAAGGAAACAUUUGAGGCAGCAGACUGAACAAGUAUAUAUACAGAUAAUUAUGGUGACGAAUUAUUGUUUUGAUCCGGAAGACCUCCAGAUGCAUCACAUCUACUGCAUUGCAAGAUUUCCCCUUCGCCCAACUGAUGAAAUGAGAUCAAUAAUAAACACAACAGAAAGGGGAUAUAUACACCUUAAGUUAUCUAUUCUUUUGUUCACAAGGCGAAAUAUAACUUUACACACGGCGUAUAGAGAUUCCAGCAUAAAUUUUGCUGCUACAAAACAUGACCAGGUUAUUGGAAGAGUGGAGCUAUCCGGGAAAAUCUUUUAGAUAUACCUAACUCCAUGGAAAAUUUAAUCUGUAGCUGCAAUAGACCCCUUAUGUGGGAUAGCCAUUGAAGAACAUGCCAGGCUAGGCAAUUGGACAUUUACGUGCUGCAACUGGAAGCCUAAAAGAACAUGUGAGAGGCUAGAACUUCAUUUUAAGAGGUACAAUUGAGGCGUUUAUAUUGAUUCUUCUUUAAUGUAAGCUCUCCUCUUUCAGACUCUUUUGUUCUCUGGGUUCCUAUUGAAAAUAAAUGAUACUUGUUCCUGUA